UUUGACGAUGCGAUUUCCAACUACCGAUCACUUUCCCAGUACAUAUACAUACCCCCAGAAUAAAUUACUAUCGAUCAGUGAAUCCGCAGUAGUACUACCCAGUUCGGAUCAUACGUCAUGGCAGCUCAACCAAAGAAGAUCAUCAUCGACACCGACCCUGGCAUUGAUGAUGCCAUGGCCAUUUUUCUGGCAUUACGGUCGCCAGAGGUGGAGGUGAUUGGACUUACAACUAUAUAUGGGAAUGUUUAUACGACACUGGCCACGAGAAAUGCCUUGCAUUUGCUUGAAGUUGCAGGGAGAACUGAUAUCCCGGUGGCUGAAGGAUCUCAUGUCACAAUUACUAAAGGUACAAAACUUCGUAUUGCUGAUUUUGUCCAUGGUGUGGAUGGACUUGGCAACCAAAAUUUCUCCCCACCAAAAGGAAAGCCAAUUGAGCAGUCAGCAGUUGCUUUUCUCAUUGAGCAAGCAGCCCUUUAUCCUGGGAAAAUUACAGUGGUGGCAUUGGGCCCACUUACAAAUAUUGCAUUGGCUAUUCAACAAGAUCCUUCAUUUUUAAAGAAUAUUGGGCAAAUUGUUGUUCUUGGUGGUGCUUUUGGGGUAAAUGGGAAUGUGAACCCAGCUGCAGAGGCCAAUAUUUUUGGCGAUCCAGAUGCUGCAGAUAUUGUUUUUACAAGUGGAGCAGAUGUGUUAGCUGUGGGAAUAAAUGUUACUCAUCAAGUUGUCUUGUCAGAUGCUGAUAGAGAAAAGUUGGCAAGUUCAGAUGGAAAAUUUGCUCAGUACUUGUGCAAAAUCUUAGAGGUGUACUUCUCUUAUCAUCGUGAUGCAUACGGCACAAAAGGAGUUUACCUUCAUGAUCCAGCAGUCUUACUUGCAGCUAUUGAUCCCUCACUUUUCACUUACACAGAGGGUGUCGUUAGAGUCCAGACCUCUGGCAUCACAAGGGGAGUAACAAUAUUAUACAACAAACAUAAAAGGUUUGGUGAAGAAACUGAAUGGACUGAUAAACCUACGGUGAAGGUUGCGGUCACCGUUAAUGCUCCCGCCGUUGUGAAAUUGAUCAUGGAGCGGCUUAUGGAUUCCUGAAGUAUUCGAAGGAGUGAUCAAUAAUUCAGGAAACUUCAUUCAAAAAACAGUCCCCAACCAUGUUCAUAUAGCUAUAUUGGGUGCAACUAUUUGCCUUUGAUUUCAGUUCAGAUAUAUCCCACAUCACAUUGGUUGAGUACUUGCUGGUUUUCUGUGGUUAUAUUUCACAUAGGGGCAUCUGAUUUGGUCACUGCCCCAGUAUUCAUCCAUCUAUUGACAACAAUAAGAUUAUAAUUUUAUUUUUCUUGUAAUAAUGAUCUCCUGCUGAUCCAACAACUGUUGAAAUUCUACCUCAAGUCCAACUGUUGAUUACA